AAUCAGACCAUGGCCUCGUUUGGAGUUCGGGGAAUGGGCCAGCCGUUGGGCAUCCGGAUCUGCUGCUGCCGCGUGUGCACCUGCAUCAACUUUGGGUUCGUUCUGUCGCGGAUCGGGCUCCUCAAGCUGAUGCAGCUGGGCCUGGCCAUGCUCUGCGAGGGACUGCUCAUCCGGUACGGGGUGCCCUAUGCAGACUCCAUUGGCCAGGCGCUGACCAGCUUCCUGGCCACCACGGGUCACUGCUUCACCACCACCGGCAUCCUGCUGCUGUGCUACGCAUUCUCCGACAAAUCCUACAGCCUCAUCCGCCAGUCCCUCUUUGAGACAUUGUUUAACGGCCUCGCCAGCUGCAUGUACUUCAGUUCGGCGAGUUACAUGGGAUUCGCCUGCGUGGUUUGGCUGCAUCCACAGUUCCUGGUGCGUCCCGGAUUCUGGGCAUAUCCAGCCAUGACUGCCUGCUAUUACAUGGGCUAUGCGGCGGGCAUUUUGCAUGCUCUGGAUGCCUACUUGGCAUUCCGGCACUUUCGAGGAGCGCGCUAAUCCCGGCCAGACAAAAGUCUUAAUCUUAAGUUAUUCGUGGACAUAUAUAUUUAUGAGUUUUAGGCUUAAGGCACCUUUCUUCCGAUGGUCUCGAACAUUCACAGUAAAAGCGCUUAGUCGUAUCUUUAUAAAUAAUCAUUUUUAAAAUGGA